AUGUCUGAGCCAGUGAAACUUUACUUGAUUCUUAUCAUUCAUUUCUGCACAGGAUUACACGUGUACACAACUGAAAUCAAAUAUUCAACUAAUUUCACAAAGCCAACAAUAAUACAUUCUCCUUCAGAUGUAUUUUCGACAGAUGGUGUACUAGAAUUCACUUGUCAAGCUAGUGGAUAUCCUAAGCCUCAAGUUGUAUGGUAUGAUGCCAGCACUGGACAGCAAGUUAUUGAUCGUGUACCAAGUAGUGGGGCAACCUCUGGUAUACAUGUAAAUCAGCAUUAUGGUAAACUUCUAAUUUCCAGUCCUGAGAGGGGUAAAUUAUAUUCAUUUUACUGCAAUGCAUCUAACGCAGUGGGAUGGGUAGUCAGCAAACCACCAGUUCGUGGAGGUUCAGCUUACAUAAACUCACAGUUUCAGCAGAUACCAGUCGAUAAAACUGUUCAUGAGGGUGACAGAGUUGUGAUGGAGUGUUCGCCUCCUAUGGGCUUACCUGAAGUAAAGGUCCACUGGUUAAGGAAUAAGAACUUCCUUAUUGCUCAAAACGCAGCACAGUUGGUGAACAAUUUUUCUGUCAUAAAUGAAAAAAAUUCUAAUACUAAAAUAUCAGCUGAUGGAAGUUUACAUAUUGAUCCCGUUGGACUUUCUAGUACAGGGAAGUACACUUGUGUGGCUUCUAAUAUAGCCGGCGAACAAAUUUCUCCUACUGCUUACUUGCUGGUUAAACCCCGGACUCGGUUUUUGGAAACUCCAGUUGAUGUGAGAGUUAAAAAGGGACGUGAUGUGAAGUUAAAAUGUAGAGUUGAAGGAAAUCAUGUGGUCAAGUGGAAGCGUGGUCCCGGAGAAAACCCGAUCGAUUCAAAUCGAGCAGAAUUAACUGAAAGUUAUCUACUUAUCAAGAACGUGCAGGUUUCAGAUGCCGGUACUUAUAUUUGUACAGCUCCUGGAGGAAUAGAAGCAGAUGCCACAGUGACAGUUGAUACACCACCUGCAUUUUCUGUUACUCCAGACGACUUAACUCUUAAUGAGGGAGAAACAGCUGUUUUUCAUUGUAUUGCGACUGGACAUCCAAUGCCAGCAAUUUAUUGGGAGCUACCAGAUAAAACUCCGAUUUUUCCUGGUGAUCAGACGAUAAAUGGAUUUUAUAACGGUAAGCUUUAUUUAACUCCGGAUGGAAGCUUAGAAGUAAGAGAUAUUCGACAAAGAGAUUCUGGAAAGUAUCAAUGUACAGCUCAUUCAUCCAUAGAUACAAUACAUACAAGUGCUACACUUCAUGUAAAUAGUUUACCGAAGAAAAAGUCAGAUCUAUCAAGAAUUACUUAUUCGCAGUCAUCCGAAAAUGAGGCGAGACAUCACAUGCUGUCCAAAUUCUACUGGCUCGCACCUAUCAUUGGACUUCCUCCUGCAAAUCAGACACGAACAGUGGGUGAAUCAGUCACUCUGAACUGUGAGUUAGGCAUAAGUAGAGACUUUUCUGAAUCAAUACAACCAAGUUCCGACUAUGCAGAAAUGUACGACUGGUCUGUUGGAUGGCAAAGAUCUACUAAGACCGGUUUCAGCGAAGAGUAUGUGGACUCUUCUAGCUUUUCCGGUGACCGACGAUAUACACUGCUUCCAGGAGGCAGUCUUCACAUAGUAGAUGUGCAGGAGGAGGACUCAGGAAACUAUACAUGCUUCGCAAAGUCUGACAAUAAACCGUAUAUGGAUGGUAGUUUGAUGUCAUUCACUUUGCAGUCUAACUGGACUUCCUAUCUGUAUAUCGUACCUCCCGGAUCAGAAGUAACUAACAUUAUGGGUGGUGAAAAUCCUCUCCCUCCACCUCGAAAUCUGAAGGCUAUUAAUGUCACAUCAACAACUGUCAUACUUGUCUGGGACCCAUCAUUUCCAACAAUUAAUCCGCAGGAAUUUGUUCCAGAACACUCAAUAAAUUCACACCAAAUUACUUAUUGGGUGGAGCUUUACAGACCUGAUCGACCAACGGAUGGAUGGAUCGUAGUUGAAAAAAACUGGCAUGCUCAUACUGUCCAGUUAGGUGGUUUGCAACCAGAUACUACUUACUAUUUUUUAAUCAGGCCACGCUGGAGUCAUGGGAGAAUUGGUUGGGCUAGUGUUCCUUUAGGCCCCAUUUUAACACUAAAAGAAGAGGUUUUAAAUCAAGUAGACGUUGAAGUAUCAGAUACAGAAUCUUUUCAAUCUAUUAAAAACAUUGAAUUAUCAGCAUUACGUUUGUAUCCACUGUCACCCAAAAGAGUACGAGUUAGUUGGUCUGUGACAGAGGCUCCCCAGAUUCUGUCAAUGAUUACAGGUUAUUUUAUUUAUCACAGAGAGGUGCCUAUAAUGCAGUGCGUCUCAAGAAAAUUUAAUACUGUUUAUCCGGAAACACCUGAAAUAGUGACCAGAAAUGGAGACGCGGUGUACUGUAGCAUAAAACCUAAUGCUGUCACAGACCCACACUCAUUAUAUCGUCUUGAAAUAAUGCAAAAGUUAUACGAGGGGCUUAAAAAUAAACAGGAUCAAGAUAUAAGUAACAUCACCUCAAAUCCAUGGAUUAUCACUAAUGUUAGAACUCACUACCUUAAAGAUAAUAAGUACGGUGAGAUUAACCAUGCUAUUACACAUCAAGAAUCAAGUCUCUUACGUGAUCUCGAAGCCUUUCGAUGUUACGAAAUCAAAGCUAAGGCAUAUGCAACGAAUCCAAUAGCAGGAAAUAUAGAGGGCCAAGAAAGCAAUUCUCUCACAGUACUGACAUAUGAGAGUUUUCCUAGCUCACCACCUGAAAAAAUAUUUGCUGUAUGGAUAUCUAACACAACAAUAGAGUUGUCUUGGGAUCCGCCACCUGUGAGUAGUUGGAAUGGACUGCUAAUGGGUUACAUAAUUUAUGUAUAUGAUGAAAAUGCAAAUAAUCACCAAAACUUCAAUCUAUCUUAUACAGAACGUAAGACACUAAUCAAGGGACUAACUGGAAAGACCAUUUUUUUUGUGCAAAUGGCUGCGGUCACUUGUAAAGGAAUCGGCGUUCGAAGUGUACCUAUGCAACUUAGACCCAGUCUACGCAAGAAGGGUUUGGGGGUGGGAUGGGGCUUUGAUUUGCAAACUGGCAAACUGUUACAGGUCAUGAAUACCAACCAUAAAGAUAUUAACAAUAACGAAGAUGUGAUAAAUCAGCCAUGGUUUACUGUGACGAUUAUAUGCAGUUUGCUUGUAUGGUGUGCUACUGUCACCCUUAUAACAUUUUGCUGUAGACACCAACGCUACAAGUUUAGAAAGACCACCGGCAACGUGCUGAUAACCAACAAUUCUCAGUGCGGUUCGGGAGUAGAAGGUCCUAGCAAUAUCUGUACAAGUGGCAGUAACCUGGUAACGGAAAAUAAAAUUUGUAAGAAUCCAAAUAUAUCUCAAAAAGAUCACGUUCAAAUGGAACCACUUUUAAGAUCAGAAACACCGAUUACCGAAAAUGAAAACAGUUUUGAAUCAGUAGAAACAGGAAAAUAUGUAGGAUGGCGACAUUAUCCAUCAAGUGCUCAAAAUUUGAAUCAAUACAAAGUGACUACUAACACACACGACGAAUGUAACCUUAAAGGAUCACAUGAUCUACAGUUAGAUUCAUUUAAUCCAGCUUUGAUAAGCUUGUCCAUUUCUCCUCGUGCUUCAAAUGAAUCUAAUCACGUUGGAUUAUAUGCGACUGCCGAAAAUGUAACAAAUGCUUUCAACAGUAAUACAAAUAUUCAGUCUAAUCAAAUGCAAAUAAGUCAUCAUGUCUUCCCGGGUCAAAUACUUUAG